CUGAACAUUUUGGCCGCUCUGGUAUUAUAUCGGAUGGCGACUGUACAUUCCAAUACAAAUAUUCUUUAUUGCUCACCAAUAUGAAAAGAACAUAAAGCACAAAUUAAGCACACAACUUAGACUAUGGGUAGACAACGGUACCUCAUAAAAACAUUGCGAAAACAUCCAUUAUCGACAUUCCGCUUCCCACACGUAGAAAAAAAUCUUCAAAAUAACUCAGUGACGUUUCCCUACGUCAUUCCACCACGACCACUGUAUCCUGGCCUCCACCCUCCUUCACAACCGCGCCAGAUCCCCCUCGAAUCCCCGGUUUGGGGGAAACGGAGGGGGUGAAGUUAAUCUGGUAAUUCCGCCACCCCCUAUCGAUUUUUCCGGUACAGCCUGUGAACUACGAGCUCCCGAGUCGAGCGGUCGCUUUCUGUGUGUUCUGUUUUCUUCGAAGGCUGAACUAACCUCUCCGCGGUUCCUCACGCGCCUUCGCUAAUUCCUCGUCGUGGCGCAAGCGUUGCGCCACCCGGCCACGACGCCCGCGCAUGGGUGACGCCCGCCCGCCCCCCUUCCACAUGCUCAACAAACCAAACGCCCUCAAGCUGAACAGCGUAGCGCGCAGCAGCAGCCGCUACUCCGCCCGCGACCCACGCUUAAGAACCUAAACAUUUAUAUACAACAACUGCAGUAUUAAAGGGUAUUAUUUUCUACAAUGAAGACUGACGAUCCAAUUAUAGUCAAAUCCAGAACCCCACGCGCUAGAGGACACAGUGAUGGAGUCCGUGAGUCGCUGCUCUCGGAUUCGACCUCAGGAAUUGAGAGAGGCGAUGCCAGCAGCACCUGUAGCGGAGAUUCCUUUUCUAGCCCUGAUAUCAGUAGUAAAGAUGAGUUAAGAGGAAGAUGCUUUAGUAAAGAUGAGAAAAAUGCGCUCAAUGAUUUGAGAAAUGGAAAGAAGCCGUGUAAUAUUACUGAGAAUCCUCAGGACAAGUUAAAGAUAAAAGAUGUUGAAAGUGGAUCAGCCAAGAAAGCCAAAAUACCAGACGGUGGCUGGGGGUGGGUAGUAGUUGCGUCCUCUUUUAUAAUAUCUAUGAUCGCAGACGGUAUAAGCUUUUCCUUUGGUUUGCUGUACAUAGAGUUCCUUGAAGAGUUUGGAGCUAGUAAGUCGACCACUGCCUGGAUCGGUAGCCUUUUCAUCGCUGUUCCGCUGCUCUCUGGACCUGUGAUGAGUGCUCUGGUUGACAGAUAUGGUUGCCGCAGCAUGACUAUUUUAGGAGGAAUCAUUUCGACCCUCGGCUUCGUUCUGGCGUCGAUAUCAACCACGAUUGAAACGAUGAUGAUAACAUUUGGAGUGAUAGCUGGUUUGGGUCUUGGGUUAGUGUACGUCACUGCUGUUGUUUCUAUCGCCUACUGGUUCGAGAAGAAGAGGAAUUUAGCUGUUGGUCUGGGCGCAUGUGGAACUGGUGUAGGGACAUUUGUUUACGCACCGAUGACGCAAUACUUCAUUGAAGAAUUCGGUUGGAGAGGCACCAUUUUAUUACUCUCUGGUACUUUGCUAAAUCUAUGCGUGUGUGGUUGUGUGAUGCGAGACCCUGAAUGGUGGAUUUUGGAACAAAAGAAGGAAAAGGAAGCCAAGCCACUGAAGGAUGUUGAGAAGGCUAAUCAAGAGUUAGCACUUAUGCCCACAGCAUCCACUAAAAGGCCAUACAAGAAAUCCUCAUCACUCUGCGUUUCUGAUGUCAUGCCGCUAUCGAAUAGGGAAAUGAAUGGAAGGGUUACGAAAUUCAAAGUACCUUUGAUGGAACGAGAGUUCCAUAAUGUACUACAUAAACAUCAAAAACCUCAGAGUUAUAGAAACAACAAGUUGGCAUUAGGGUGGCCUGUCCAGGAGCUACCUAGAACCGAGUCUUUGUACACAAUCCCGUCGUAUUUGGAAUCCACUGAUCGUGCAACACAAAGGGUGCUGAAACAAUUGACUCAAUCGCCAAUCAUGCUAACGAAGGCAACUGAAAUAGCUUCACCAAUCUUGGGCGAAGACAAUGAUCCUCCAUGCGUUACGUUCCCGAAACAACCCAUGCGUCGUUCCUACUCCGUAGAUUUCUAUUUCCGCAAGGAAGUCAGGAGAUCCAUCGACUAUCAGCUGAAGAAUCCUAACGCUGGUAGAGUAUUGAAAAAGUCGAAAUCGGAAACAAAAGAGGAUCGCGGUGUGCUUGUAAAGCAGGACAGUAAAGGGGACAGAAGGGAUUGGCUGAAGAAACAGCUGUCAGUCAACCAUCAUUACCUGAAAGAUUUGAAAAUGCCUUUGAAUUCUAUUGGCCAUAGGAACGCAAUGUUGAACAUAAAUAGAUACAGAUUGAAAGCCUCUUCUUGCCCUGAUAUAUUCAAGAAUUCUAUGGUUACCAUCAAUGACGAAGAAGAGAAAUGUUACAAAGAUUGCCUAGUCUGCGUCUCGGACAUGUUCAACGUGUCCCUCUUCAAGAAGGCGACCUUCAACCUGCUCUGCGCCGGCACCAUCUUGCUGUUCAUCUGGUUCAUCGUCCCGUACUUCUACCUGGCUGAACACAUGAUCCACAAGGGCUAUAGUGAAGAUGAUGGCGCCGUCAUGCUCAGCUUGAUCGGGAUCACAAAUACCAUCGGAAUGGUGAGCCUUGGCUACAUAGGCGACUUCCCAAGCGUCUCAAUCGGCAAUCUCUACGCGGCCUGCCUCGUUCUUUGCGGGGCGUCCGUCGCCGCCAUUCCACCCGCCGCCUCCAACUACUGGUUUCUCGGCUGUGUGGCGGCAGCUUUUGGCUUACUAUUUGCUGCUUCGUUCACGUUCACACCGAGCCUGUUGGUGACGCUGGUGUCUUUGGAUGAGUUUACGUCGGCGUAUGGAUUGGUGCUGCUAGCUCAAGGGAUUGGACAUCUUAUUGGACCGCCUUUGUCAGGUCUGAUCUACGAUCUAACCCUGUCCUGGGAGCUCUCAUUCUAUCUGGCCGGGGGCUGGAUCGUGCUGGCCGGUGUGCUCAUUUCAUUCAUCCAUCCGUUCCGUGCGUUGGAGCAGAGGCGACUAGCCAAUCAGGAGAACGAGGCUAUAUAAACAAUCAGCUAUCUCCAGCCCAAUGUCAACCUUCGUGCAUUCCCACAAGGUUCAGGAUGACGCACCGCACACGAUAGGUUAAAGGGUUAAGUUAUAUAGAUCGGUCGUUGUAUAUCUACAGACAUUGAGCGUGCUAGACAGGUGGCGUGUAUUUGUUUACUAUCGAGUUUUCUGUCGGCGUCUGCCUUCUGCGCGGCCGUUACACUAUGGAUUUGAAUCAUUGACUAAAUUAAGCUUUACUUAUAUUGUCGUCUCUUGACAUAUGUCUAUAAUAAGGACGGGCCUUACGGGCACUUAGAAUGGUGCUAGUUCAGCGGCGUCACUCACGAAUUUGAGCCAAUCGUGCAGUCUAACGCAGUUGCCACCAAUCGUGCGCGUGAUGCGAACUCAUCAACCAAUCGCGUUGCGGCGUUAGACUGCACGAUUGGCUCGAAUUCGUGCGCGUGACACCGUUAUACUCGCCCCAUUCUUAUUGCCCGUAAGGCCCGUCCUUAGAUAUAUGUCAAGAGACGACCAUAUGAGUAAAGCUUAAUUUAGUCCUGUCCGAUUUCAUUCUACCUAUAUACGGUUUGAGGAAGAGUAUAGGUAUUCGCGGGCUUGGUUUCCGCAACUCGACGUUCUACUUCGCGCCUAUUUUGCGUGGUAUGUUGUCGGCACUACUCUUGCCAACCCAACUCUACCAUAAGAAGCCUAGCAGACCCUUGAUGUUGCCGACGACUUCUGGAAGAGACCCCGGCGAACCGAGGUAUUGUGCCCGGUACUCUGCCAACCCUGGGCAUUCAAGAAUGACGUGGGCGGCUGUCUCCUCUGCAUCCAUGCACGCUCUGCAGAGGGGGCUAUCUGUAACACGUAGGGUUAGUAGGUGUUUGUUUAGUGGGGCGUUGAGG